AAGCAUAUAAAAUCAAUAGAAAACCCUAAUCUUCUUCUCUUCUUCAAAGGUUUUAGGGUAAGCGAUAGAGAGAGAGAGAGACAGAGUUUCACUCAGAACCGGCGGAAGCAGACACAUCUAACUCGAGGAGCCAUGGCAGUUCCUUUGCUUACCAAGAAGAUUAUCAAGAAGCGGGUCAAGGCUUUCAAGAGGCCACACAGUGACAGAUACCAUCGUGUCGGGGAAAGCUGGAGACGUCCUAAGGGUAUUGAUUCUCGUGUGAGGCGAAAGUUCAAGGGUGUUACUUUGAUGCCCAACAUUGGUUACGGUUCAGACAAGAAGACCCGUCACUACCUACCCAAUGGUUUCAAGAAAUUUACUGUGCACAAUGUCAAGGAGCUUGAAUUGUUGAUGAUGCACAACAGGACUUACUGUGCCGAGAUUGCACACAACAUUUCUACAAGAAAGAGGAAGGAUAUUGUUGAGCGUGCAGCACAGUUGGAUGUCUGUGUUACCAACAAGACAGCUAGGUUGCGCAGCCAGGAAGACGAGUAAAUGUGAUCAAAGCUGUUUAAUAGUGACCUUGGUUUACUUCUCAGUGCCUUGUUUAAGAAUAGCUGAAUUCCAGUUUUGUUCAGUUUAAGAAUAGUAUUGUUGCUUUAGUAUUUUAGUUCUUAAAACUUUGGUAUACUUUAUUUUGUGAUAUCUGGAUUUGGAAGACUUAAUGAUAUCUACUCUAUCAAAAAUUGGCUUAUCUUGUCAGUUAAUUGGCAAUUUGUUAUUCCA